AUGAGCGCUCCGCUACUAGCAGAAGCCGAGCCGCCUCUAGAACGAGCUUUAGACCGCGCACCCGUGUAUCUUAAAGACAUGAGCUUCCAGCAACUAGAGGACUGGGUGGCAGCGGAGUGCGGGGAGGAGCACAGGAGGCGGGCAAAGGUCCUCUGGAAGUGGCUGUAUCGAGACGCCCACUGGGCUGAGAGCGUCGAUGACAUGGCAGGGGUCAGUCGUUCGUUUCUCUCCCUCCUCGCCUCUUCGGGUGCUCGCUUCUCCUCCCUUCGCCUCCACUCCGUUCGAACAGCCGCCGACGGUACAAAGAAGGUGCUGUUUGAGUUAAGCCGCGAUGCUGACUUAAUGGGCCUGCAGCGCAACCUGACAGCAGGGGAGAUCGUGGCGUGGAUCAGGAUGGGCCUGCAGCGCAACCUGACAGCAGGGGAGAUCGUGGCGUGGAUCAGGAUGGGCCUGCAGCGCAACCUGACAGCAGGGGAGAUCGUUGAUCAGGUGGUUGAGAUUCGCCGGCUCUUCACAGAGGAAAUCGGCCCCGUUACCAACCUUGUCUUCAUGGGCAUGGGCGAGCCCCUACACAAUCUCCCGGCGGUUCUCACAGCAUGCAACACCCUCCUGGACCCCUUAGGCGCCCACUGCUCACCUGCUCGCACCACCGUGUCCACGUGUGGGCUCGUGCCUGAAAUGCACGAGUUCUGCUCUCACUCGGACGCCAGCCUCGCUCUCAGCCUGCACGCCACCACCGACGAGGUGCGCAGCAGCAUCAUGCCCAUAAACAAAAAGCACAACCUCAGCGCCCUCUUUGCCUGCCUGAUACAGCUCUUCCCUGACCCAACAGCCCGGCCAGCACCGGAUGUGGGGGAGGGAGGUGAUGGGAGGGAUGGUGCGGGGUUGCAGCAGCAGUCCAAAAAACGCCAUGUGUUCAUCGAGUACCUGAUGCUGGAUGGGGUCAACGACAGUUUGGAGGAUGCACGUCGGCUGGUAACCCUAACAGCUGGCAUCGCCUGCAAAAUCAACUUGAUAGUCUUCAACCCACACCCGGGAACCGCACUGCAACCAUCCCCGCUCCCGCGCGUGCUGGCUUUCCAGCAUGAGCUCGUGCAAGGGGGCAGAAAAGCGUAUCUGCGGCACAGCCGGGGGGACGACGAGAUGGCAGCUUGUGGGCAGCUGGGGCAGGUGCCUAGGUUAACAGGGCAGAACAAGGCAGAGGCGGAAGCUGUAGUGUAA